AUGGUGGUAAUGCACAAUCAGAUCUCAAUCACUUGUGAGUUUGAGACGAUUACUUGUACCUUCUUUGAGGAUAUAGUGACAAUUAUCACCAAAGGGCUAGAGAUGGAGCUGGUGAUGAUCUUAACUAUAUUCACCGCCCUCGAUUUCUCAAACAAUAGGUUCAAAGAAGAAAUACCAGAUAUAGCUGGAGAUCUGAAAUAUCUAUAUGUGCUCAACCUAUCACGCUAUGCCUUCACUGGUUCCAUCCCAUCAUCACUUGGAAGCUUGUCAAGGAUUGAAUCAUUAGACCUCUCGUGGAACAAGCUCAGUGGAAGCAUUCCGGUGACACUUGCAAGUCUGACAUUUCUUUUGUUCAUGAACCUAGCAUACAAUCAACUCAUUGGAAUGAUCCCAAGCAGCACCCAGCUUCAAUCAUUUCCAGAAACUUCGUUCGAAGAAACAAAGGCUUAUGCGGAGCUCCUUCGACAGCUAGUUGCAAGGAAGGAGAACCGACAACGCCAACAUUUGAUGGUAGGCAUGAGGAUGACAUUGACUGAAUCUACAUAA